AUGAUUUUGGCUGCCGCUCGUGAAUACCCUCAGGUUCCAAUCACACCUCCCUACCGCCCUCUCGUCUGGAAAGAUUUUAAUGUGAUCCACACCACCGACACCCAUGGUUGGUUACUCGGCCACCAGAAGUUAUCGUUCCCUGAACCAGACUAUAGCGGGGACCUUGGGGAAUUUUCUAGCUUCGUGACGCACAUGAAGAAAAUUGCCAUCGAAAAGGACGUCGACCUUCUUUUGGUGGACUCGGGUGAUCUACAUGACGGAACUGGGCUUUCUGAUGGUUACCCCCCCGGUGGUGUCGAUGCGCACGAGACAAACAAGUUCCUCGAGCGCCUUCCCUAUGAUGUCAUGGCUAUCGGAAACCAUGAACUCUACGUCUAUGCGAAUACAUACGACAUGUACACGAACUUUGUCCCUCACCUUGGUGGGCGGUACUUGUCUUCCAAUGUCAAUAUUACUGUUUUCAACUCGGAUGGCGAGCCUGAGAGUGUGCCAGUCGGCAAUCGCUAUACCAAGUUCACCACAAGGAAAGGCCGCCGCAUUACUUCUCUUGGAGUCAUAUUCGAUUUCACUGGGAACGACGUGAACACGACUGUGCAAACUGUGGCUGAUAUGGUCAAAGAGCAGUGGUUCGCAGAGGCCAUUGCGGAAGAGCCUGACGUGUUUGUACUUGUCGGGCACAUGCCGGUUUCUUACGAUAACUGGCCUACUGUCUUCGAUGCUGUUCGGGCUGUGCACCCUCAGACGCCCAUCUUAGUAUUUGGAGGACAUAGCCACAUCCGUGAUUGUCAACAGUACGAUGGCCGUUCUAUGGCUCUCGAAAGCGGACGCUACAUGGAGACGAUCGGUGCGGACCUUGAAGAUGCCAAGGGCAACGCCAACAACAUUUCUUUUACAAGGAGAUAUCUGGACCAGAACCGAGUGACCUACGAGUACCACACCAAAAUGUCAAACCAAACGUUUGACACUGCCUCCGGGCGGUCGAUCACACAUGGCCUGCAGGAGCUUGCCGUCGAUUUUGAUUUGUCCUACCUGUACGGAACAGCCCCACAAGAUUACACCAUCAACCAGAACCCAUAUCCUUCCAAUGGUUCCCUUUUAUCUCUUUUCAUUGCAGAUGCUAUCCCAUACGCUCUCUCUAUUAACAACACCCGUGAUUCCAUCCCCAACAUAUUUAUCACCAAUUCAGGAUCUCAACGCUUCAACAUCUUGAAGGGACCAUUCACCAAGAACGAUCAGCUCACUGCCUCGCCGUUCGCGGAUUCAUUCUUGUAUAUCCCCAACGUUACGUUUAGCGUCGCAAACCAGGUGCUUCCCGCUUUGAACAAUGCGGGCGCAAGUGAGAAACGGAAGCGAGAUGAGAUCGAAAAAGAACUUUGGAGCCGUGGGGUUGUUGACACUCGGUACAGAGCCUGGUUAGAGGAGAUGGAUAGGCGUGCUGGAAUGGGUAGACGAGAAGCAAUGUCGGGCAAUCUGACGCUCGGAUAUGUCACCGCCGAUUCAUGCCCUGGCGCUGGCGACGACACGAUGCACAUGGCGCUGCCCUAUUACUCGAUUCCAGAUUUCAUUGGCUCGAAUCCUCCAAACGUGACAGAUGACACGCCUGUUGAUCUUGUCUUCGUCGACUUCAUUGAAACGCAGCUCCUUGGCAUCCUCAAUGGCCUGCAGAAUACAAAGAACUACACCACCACUGAUGUUGCACUGUACAGCUCGACGCUGGCUACUGCAGCACUGGGCCUGUAUGCUCAAGCCGAGUGGAACUGA